AAUAAAAAAGAUUCAUAGUUAGAUUAAGGUAUCGUUUAAUCAUCCUACAGUAGUAUGCACGCACAUCCAUAUAUGACUAUAAAAAGGAUUUCAAAAUGAGCAUGAGAAGUUUGUAGUGUUAAUCAACGAAGUUAAAAGUGUUUUUCGAAAAAUAAAUAAUUAUUGAAAUGUAUUCAUCUACCGUUACAUUUUUUGUGUCGGCGUUAUGCGCUCUCUUACUUCCAUAUUAUGUUGUAGGAGAACUACAAAUAUUGUCAUGUAAGAAAGAAGACGUAGCACCAGGACCCAUAUCGAUGGGAGAUCUAAAUGCGUCCGGCAAUACAAUAAAAGGCUCAACACUUGAAUUCAAAGAAGAAAUAAAUCCGAGUUUUAUUACGGUACACUUACAAAUAAACGAUGAAGAUGGCAAUUCAAUGAUGGAACAAAAUACCGAUUUUUGUAGUAUGAAUUCCGCGGAUAUGUUUAAACCUUACUUCGAAUCGUUCAGAGAGCCGCAAUUUAAUAAAGGAAGUUGUCCAAUAAAUCCCGGUACUUAUAACUCGGAUGAUUUUCAAGUAGAAGCUGAUGACGGUGAAGGAACUUAUACGGUUAUUUUGGAGGUAUUAGAGGGAGGAUCAAAUUUGUUUCUCCGUGUAACUUGUGAGGUUAAACUCGAAUAGUACAGUGUAUAAUUAUCAUUUUUAAUGUUAGACAAAAUUGUCAUGAUAUAUAGCGGUGUUAAUUGUUCCAAAUGAAAGUUGAAAAAUUAAAUUUGAGAUAAAAUUGUUUUAUUACUUAUAAAAAAAGAGACGCAUAAUAACACUCUAAUUGUAUCUAUAUAGUGUGCUUCAUUUUAUUAUGUAAUUAUUUACUUAUUAUAUUAUAUUUCGUUGCAAGAUUAA